GUGGGACUCGGUUUAGUGGGAGAGCUGGGGGCCGGGGCCGUGUCCGGUCUCCCAUCUGCCGGCUUCUCUCGCUCCGUGGAUUCGGAGGAGCGGCCGCGACCUCGGCCUCCAGCGUCUCCAGCGAACUGUAGUGGAUGCUGUGGCGGCCAGGAUGCUGCUGCUGGGAUUACUGCAGGCGGGCGGGUCGGUGUUGGGGCAGGCGAUGGAGAGGGUGACCGGCGGCAACCUCCUAUCCAUGCUGCUAAUCGCCUGCGCCUUCACGCUUGGCCUAGUCUACCUGUUCCGCCUUGCAGUCGGCCACCUGGUCCCCAUGCCGCCCGGGGCGAAAAGUCCACCAUACAUUUUCUCUCCAAUUCCAUUCCUUGGACAUGCCAUAGCAUUUGGGAAAAGUCCAAUUGAAUUCCUAGAAAAUGCAUAUGAGAAGUAUGGACCUGUAUUUAGCUUUACCAUGGUGGGCAAGACAUUUACUUACCUUCUGGGGAGUGAUGCUGCUGCACUGCUUUUUAAUAGUAAAAAUGAAGACCUGAAUGCAGAAGAUGUCUACAGUCGCCUGACAACACCUGUGUUUGGGAAGGGAGUUGCAUAUGAUGUCCCUAAUCCAGUGUUUUUGGAGCAGAAGAAAAUGUUAAAAAGUGGCCUUAACAUAGCCCACUUUAGACAGCACGUUUCUAUAAUUGAAAAAGAAACAAAGGAAUACUUUCAAAGUUGGGGAGAAAGUGGAGAAAAAAAUUUGUUUGAAGCUCUUUCUGAGCUCAUAAUUUUAACAGCUAGCCAUUGUUUGCAUGGAAAGGAAAUCAGAAGUCAACUCAAUGAGAAAGUGGCACAACUGUAUGCAGAUUUGGAUGGAGGUUUCAGCCAUGCAGCCUGGCUGCUACCAGGUUGGCUCCCUUUGCCGAGUUUCAGACGCAGGGACAGAGCUCAUCGAGAGAUCAAGAAUAUUUUCUAUAAAGCAAUCCAGAAACGCAGACAGUCAGAAGAAAAACUUGAUGACAUUCUCCAAACUUUACUAGAUUCUACUUACAAGGAUGGGCGUCCUCUGACAGAUGAUGAAGUGGCAGGCAUGCUUAUUGGACUGCUCUUGGCAGGGCAGCAUACAUCUUCAACUACGAGUGCCUGGAUGGGCUUCUUUUUGGCCAGAGACAAAACACUUCAAGAAAAAUGCUAUUUAGAACAGAAGACAGUCUGCGGAGAAGAUCUGCCUCCUUUAACUUACGAUCAGCUCAAGGAUCUAAAUGUACUUGAUCGCUGUAUAAAAGAAACAUUAAGACUUCGACCUCCUAUAAUGACUAUGAUGAGAAUGGCCAAAACCCCUCAGACUGUGGCAGGGUAUACCAUUCCUCCAGGACAUCAGGUGUGUGUUUCUCCUACUGUCAAUCAAAGACUUAAAGACUCAUGGGUAGAACGCCUGGACUUUAAUCCUGAUCGCUACUUACAGGACAAUCCAGCAUCAGGAGAGAAGUUUGCCUAUGUGCCAUUUGGAGCUGGGCGUCAUCGUUGUAUUGGGGAGAAUUUUGCUUAUGUUCAAAUCAAGACAAUUUGGUCCACUAUGCUUCGUUUAUAUGAAUUUGAUCUCAUUGAUGGAUAUUUUCCCACUGUGAAUUAUACAACCAUGAUUCACACCCCUGAAAACCCAGUUAUCCGAUACAAACGAAGAUCAAAAUGAAAAAGGCUGCAAGGAACUAAUAUGUGGAACAUCACUGUAAACUGCAAAAAGCAUUUGAAGUGAAUGAAGUUUACGAAACAA